UUCGCAAACGCUCGGAACAGCUUCCGAAAGCUGCCGAACUCCGAGGAAGGCGCCGCUGCGGCCUAGUGCGUGAGAAGGCGCUGGGAGAAGCGAGAAGUCCGAAGCGAGCGUAGUGGCGAGGUCGGGCCUGGGCCGCCGCCGUCCUUCUCCCUUUCCCGUGACCAUGUCCGACUUCGACGAGUUCGAGCGGCAGCUGAACGAAAACAAACAGGAACGUGACAAAGAGAACCGUCACCGGAAACGCAGCCACAGUCGCUCACGGAGUCGUGACAGGAAACGCCGCAGCCGUAGUCGUGACCGGCGCAACAGGGACCAGCGCAGUGUCUCACGGGAUCGCAGGAGACGCAGAUCACCUCUAAGCCUCUCAGGUCCUUUGAGCCGUUCGCCACGGCACGAGAAGAAGAAGAAGGUUCGCAAGUAUUGGGAUGUCCCGCCUCCAGGUUUUGAACACAUCACACCCAUGCAGUAUAAAGCCAUGCAAGCUGCGGGACAGAUUCCAGCUACAGCUCUCCUGCCAACCAUGACCCCUGAUGGACUGGCCGUGACACCCACUCCGGUGCCUGUGGUAGGCAGCCAGAUGACACGGCAAGCCCGGCGUCUCUAUGUGGGAAACAUCCCUUUCGGAAUUACUGAGGAAGCUAUGAUGGAUUUCUUCAAUGCUCAGAUGCGUCUUGGUGGUCUUACCCAAGCUCCUGGUAACCCAGUCUUGGCUGUGCAGAUCAACCAAGACAAGAACUUUGCAUUUUUAGAGUUCCGUUCAGUGGAUGAAACAACCCAAGCUAUGGCCUUUGAUGGGAUAAUUUUUCAGGGACAGUCACUGAAGAUCAGACGCCCCCAUGAUUACCAGCCCCUUCCUGGCAUGUCUGAAAAUCCUUCUGUCUAUGUGCCAGGCGUUGUGUCCACAGUGGUUCCAGACUCUGCUCAUAAGCUGUUCAUUGGGGGUCUGCCAAACUAUCUUAAUGAUGAUCAGGUCAAGGAAUUGCUCACUUCUUUUGGGCCCCUGAAGGCUUUCAACCUAGUGAAGGACAGUGCCACUGGCCUGUCGAAAGGUUAUGCCUUCUGUGAAUAUGUGGACAUCAACGUCACAGACCAGGCCAUCGCGGGCUUGAACGGUAUGCAACUGGGCGACAAGAAGUUGUUGGUGCAGAGAGCCAGCGUGGGAGCCAAGAAUGCUACUCUGAGCACAAUAAACCAGACCCCAGUGACCCUGCAGGUCCCCGGCCUGAUGAGCUCACAGGUUCAGAUGGGUGGCCAUCCCACCGAGGUGCUGUGCCUCAUGAACAUGGUGCUGCCCGAAGAGCUGCUUGAUGAUGAGGAGUAUGAGGAGAUUGUUGAGGACGUACGCGAUGAGUGCAGCAAAUAUGGUGUUGUGAAGUCCAUCGAGAUCCCCCGGCCCGUAGAUGGUGUCGAGGUGCCUGGCUGUGGAAAGAUCUUCGUGGAGUUCACAUCUGUCUUCGACUGUCAGAAGGCCAUGCAAGGCCUGACUGGCCGCAAGUUUGCAAACCGGGUUGUGGUGACCAAGUACUGCGACCCUGACUCCUACCAUCGCCGAGACUUCUGGUAGUCAAACCCUGAGCCAGGCUGGGGGUAGGGAGGGGGGUGUCUGAGAAAGCAGGGGCAGCUCGCUGGCCAGGGAGGCUCCUUUAGCAGAAUAGCCUGUUUUAUGGCCAAAACCACCUGUAUUUUUUUCUUCCAAUUGUCCCACUCCCUUCCUUUUCUAUCCCUGCCACCAACUCCUUCUCCCCACGGUUUCCCAGUGAUGGUUACUCUGUAGUAGAGUUGUUGUCUUUCCUCCCUGCUCCUCCCCUUUCUCCAUGAUGUUUCUGAUUUUUUUGCUAAGAGGAGUUUCGCGCUCAAAAAGAUGGGCCUGUUUUGUUGUAAUUUCCUUUCCUCUGCGCUGUGUGUAUGGACAACUAUUUCUCUAGCGUUGUCUCUCAUAAUUAAACAUUUUUUCCAAUU